AUGAUCAACAACGCGACAGAGGGCCCUGCCAAGCAGGCUCUACUCAAGCCAAAGGCCAUUGCUAUCACGUUUGGAUCACAGUACCAUCUGGGCGAGAAACUGGGUGAAGGCGCGUUCUCGGUUGUCCGCAAGUGUGUGCACAUUGGGUCCGGGACGGCGUAUGCGGCCAAGUGCCUGGAUCUGCGCAACAUCUCGCUGCAGGACUUGCACAACAUCGAGCGCGAAGUGAAGAUCUUGCAGCAGCUCCAUCAUCCGAACGUCAUCUCCUGCAAGGACUACUUCCUAGAAUCCACCACCGGGUACAUUGUCACCGACCUCAUGGAAGGCGGCGAUCUGUUCGACCGCAUCGUCGAAAAGUCCGUGUACACGGAGCGCGAAGCGAAAGACGUCGUGCACGCCGUCGUCGAUGCCGUCGCAUACUGCCACGCCAAGCGCAUUGUCCACCGCGACCUCAAGCCCGAGAACAUCUUAUUGAGCAGCCACGACGACUGCACGGCUGUGAUCAAGGUCGCCGACUUUGGUUUGGCCAAGGACGAGUCGUACCUGACGACCAUGUGCGGGUCGCCAGCGUACGUGGCACCUGAAGUGCUCUCUGGGGACCGCGGGCUGUACAACAAAGCCGUGGACGUGUGGAGCGUCGGCGUGAUCACGUUCGCUCUCCUCAGCGGGUACCUCCCGUUCUUCGACGACAACCCAUCGCAGAUGUUCAAGAAGAUCAAACACGGAGUUUUCUCCUUUGAGUCGCCGUAUUGGGACGACAUUUCCCCCUGCGCCAAGGCGUUUGUCAAAGCGGCCCUCGUCGUAGAUCCUUCCAAGCGAGCGACGGCGGAGGAUCUGCUCCGGCACUCAUGGAUGCAGACUGCCAACGACGCCACGGUGCCGCUGAGCUCGGCGCUCUCGGGACUGCGGACACUCAGCAAGCGGACGUCGCUCAAGACCGCCGCCAAGGCCGUCCUCCAGCUUCGACGGUUGUCCCCAACAUAA